AUGUCGAUGACCGGAAGUCUAAUGGGAUACGAAAGCAACAACGAGAUAAACCAGGCGAAAUGUAACAAUAAAAAGUACCAGCAGAAGUCAACGCUGAUAACGGGCUCCUCGACUACGCCAUUGCCGAUGACGUUAACGAGCACCACGACAAUGAUUUCCUCAACCCCGAUAACUACUACAAACGUUAACACCACGACAACCAUAAACACCUCUGUUAAUAAGCAACGCGAGUACGCCUCGAACUUACGACGCAGUGAGCACAAGAGGAAGCGAGAAACCUGCAAUAGGGGACACGCUAAUGGCUUGUGGUCCGUGUGGUAUGGAAUUCUGGUGGUUAUCUUACAGGCUUACAUCGCUACAAGGUGUGCCAAGCGGUUUGUUGCAUACUUGUCACUUCCAUGGCCAGCGGACGUUCAGCCGCCUAAAUUCGAGCUGCAUGUCUGCAUAGUCUUAACAGGAACCGGGGUUCUGUUACUACCGAUAUUACUGGCAGCAGCGUGUCUGAAGCUCGGAAACUUGGCGAAUGACGGUGUGAAGCUCGGCAGACAUACGAGCACAUGUACUCGCGAUCCACCGGCUUCUUUACUCGGAAAUAACAUAGACAGUGGCUUAGCGGGGAGUUUAUGGAAGCACGGAGGACCUACAGCAGCCUUCGUUCAUCUCUGUACUGCAAUGUGCUUUCUAUUACCAACAUUGCUAAUGGAAGCGCGGUUAAUAUACGCCGGGUUUUUACCAAAAGAUGCAAUUUGGCGAACGGACUUGGACUGGAUAGUGGUCCAUCGUGACCGGCUGAUCUACCUGAACUUUAUGAACCCCGGCAUGAUCAACAGCACCAACAUCAACUAUAUUAACAACCCAUUUCUUACGCCGAGUAUCGAUGAUGUUAAUACCGAAAUUUUAAACUUUACAAGCGGGUUUAACGCGACGAAUCCGCGGAAUUUCACAGCAAAAGACACAGGGUCUACGGAGUUUCCAGUAAAAUCCGACAUUGGCGCCACUAGUCCGCUACCGAUCGUCAGAAACAAGAACGUAGUGAUGCUAAGGAACAAGACCAAAAGUUCCGACGCGCAGGCGGGUAAUAUGACUGCGUACAAUUUGCCGCUUGUUAUUAAUAGCAUCGCGGAUUUGGACCGGAUGAACAACGACAGAGAAGACGACACUUAUGAUGAGCGUAAGGAUUUCAUCAGCUUGGAGUACUUGAACUACGCGGUGGCGCUAGCUGUCUAUUCUGUGCGCUACCCAGCGGUCUUCUGGUCCUGCAACAAAGCUAUCGGCACCAUCUUUAGUAUUCAAUCGUUCAUUAAUUCUGUCCAAAGUUUGAUCAGUUACGCUGGAAUGUCCGUGCUGUACAAAGUACAAGUUCUAGGACCACAUAAAGUCUUGAGUUUGGGGCGGAAUCGUGUUCAACCAACGCCAAUUUACUCCAGCAAGUUGCAAAAGGUUGUGACGAACCUGUUUGGCGAUACGUCGCACUUGUUACUAAAUCCGCAUGUAACUUUAGCACUGUUUGCGUUAUCUUCAUUGUUGAUUCUCUGCUCAAGUAUGGUGACCUACCUCUACGCUUACGGAAGAUUCGCCACAUUUUUAGAACACGAGCACCAACGGCGAGUAAUAAUAUCAAAAGAGGGUCGUCGAAACAGCUCAGGCUGGUCGUACUUUACCCACUGUGCAGCACUUUGUGUUUUUUUAGCUCUCCUAAUAUGCAACGCUCCACUUAUCUACGACUACAUAGUAGUUUACCGCGGAAGUCUUGACGGUGUAAUAUUGGCAUGCAUCCUAGGAACAAUUACCCACUUGUUUCUCUGGUUGAUAUUUUGGUUCUUUUUAACAAUAAAGCGUAAUUGGAUUUUCAAAGUCCGCGUAACAAUAGCCCGAGCGACUGUCCGCUCAGCGAGGUCAGUAAAAUUGGUCACCGACGUUGACUUGUUGGCCUGCAGACGAAAGAGCACCAACAACGUCGAUCAGGACAACGAAAACGACGACGAGACGUUGAUAGACCAUGAACUGGGCAGUGACGCUCCUCUGUUGAUAGUCGGCGACGGCAAGACCUACAGCAUAGCUGAGUCUUCGCCGAAGAAGGCCAUCAUGAGCGUCAUCCAGAAGGCUAUAAUCGAGCGGAAGGCUCAGCAGAAUGAAGGUGUUACUGUAAACCGUGCUUCUGGAGAAGCUAGCCUUGAAGAAGAAGAGCAGAUCUACUGGCUUCGGCCAAAACUACGUCCAUCACCAGAGUCACCAAACGGAACAAUUCCAGCGUCGAAUCUGGACAAAAGCUGGAUCAACAAGAAGCUUCGUCCCAAAGUGACGUUUAACGACCUGCCUAGUACGUCUGGCGCGCGCAAUAAGGGAAAAAGACGAGGUAAUACCGAGGGUGGACCAGACGACGAUGGUGAUUAUGCCACGCUACGUGAGCUACCACUAAUGACUGCCAUCGACGCUGAUGAUUCUGCUUCGGAAGAAAACAAGCUCCUGGAAUGUGUAAACGAUGACCAAGUAACCUACUACGCCAGCGGUAACCGGGACCUCCACCCAUCAGAAGGUGAUCCUUCCCCACUUUUAACCCCAGAACCUCUACCGGACCCAAACCUACCAAUUCCUCCGCUUCCAAUUCCUAACGAGCUAACUUCAGUACUAACCGCCCCAACUGAGGAAUUCCAUGAUUCUAACCACUCGGUGCCUCAGGUUGGAUUGCCGAAGUGUCUUCGUCAUGCAGACUCGGGAGUUUCCCAAGAUCAGCUGACGCCCCGAUCAGAGUCAUCAAAUUCUCCGGCCCUAGAACCAAUGACCAAUGGUGUGAAUCAUCUGCCGAAUUACGAAGUGGUUGAUCGUAGCUUGACUUCGUCGAACAGCGAAUCUUCAAGCGGAGUCCAUUCGAAUACCAGCAAUUCGUCGGUAACGAAUCAUUUGAUAAGCCAACAGACACGUCGGUCCAAUAGUGUUGAUGACCUUAGUGCCAAUGACGCUUACAAUGGCGACGAUAAAUGGCGAUCUUGUUCACUGCAACGGGGAAUUCAGCCACCAAAUAUAAAUGGCGGUCAGGAGUACAAAAUUCAAGCUGGUCCCCAAUUCACAAAGUUCAAUACCAUUGACAGAAAAUCCUCUAAAGGGAAUGGUCCAUGUCCGGCGAUUAUUUUAGAGAAUACCAGUGAAUCGACGGUUGUGAUACGACGUCGUAUGUCCAGGCCAAAGUUACCCGAAUCUUGGAACCCCAAUGACGCAGAACCAUUCGGUAGGAGCACUAACAUGAGAAUGACGUCCUUUACUGAGAAUAGUGACGUUAAAAGUUGCAUCAAUGCUAAUAAUGCUUCGGCUACUUUGCCGCACUAUCCAACUCAGCCAAUUGUUCCGACGUAUCCUCACUGUUCGACAAUGCCACUGCCGCAUGGUGUGCAUCAUGGGAAUAUCAAUGGGAAUGGUAAUGCCGGUAGCUGUGGAACAGUUCCCCAAAAUUCUGUUCCUAUUUUACCGAUGGUUAAUCACACAACUCUGCCGAUAACUUUGGCGCCCAAUUCUAAUGGACGGACUAAUCAAAUAGUGAUGCCGAAUCAAAAUGGCGGGUAUGUAAAACGCUACCCAAUUAAUCAUGUUUUGCCGGCGCAAACACAACAGUGGUCUUUACCUUCGGGGCACCACACUUUUCCGCAGCCAUUGCAAAAUAAGUUUUUUGGCGGGAAUGUCGCGAAUGUGAGAGUUGCUGAUAGAGAUUCUGCAAACUUUUCUAUGGCUAGUAGUGGGGACUCGGAUAUUUGUCAUCAUUAG